AUGUCCCAUCAACAUCUCAACGGUGUAACAUCACCUAGUAGUAGUAGUAGUAGUACAAGAAGAAGACUACGAACAACAGCAACAACAAUAACUGAUACACCAGAACCAACAACAACACCAACUACACCAACUGAGACACCAGUACCACCCUCACCAACACCAAGAACAGACUGUUUGCCAUGUCUGUCGGGCAGUUUCUACAACAAUGAUACAUUGGAUACGAGCUGCACGGGCUGCUCAGACGGCUUCUGUGGCAAUCCAGCAUCAUGUUUGCUCUGUCCACUGGGCACAUUCACCGCGGAGAACGCGUCUACUACGUGCCAGAUCUGUGCGGCGGGCUACAUUGCCGCGGCCAUGGGUCUGUCCGAGUGCAAGCCGUGCCCGCAGGGUACGACCAGCGACGACUCACACACAGUCUGCCAGAACUGCCCGCCCGGCACCGCCUCCUACCAAGAGGGCGACAUCUGUCAAAAGUGUCCGGCAGGCUUCUACAGCGGCGCGCGCGCCGAGUUCUGUAAUGAGUGCUCGCCUGGCACGUACAACGCGCUGCUUGGUCAGGCCAAGUGCACGGACUGUGGACCGGGCCGCUUCAACUCGCAGAGCGGCCAAAAGUCCCAGUCGGCGUGUCGGCCCUGUCCCAGCGGGAAGUACUGCCCGGACGAGGCUACACAGAUCCCCGUUGACUGCCCGUCCAACAACUACUGUCCGGCCGAGUCGGCCAAUCCCACUGGCUGUCCAUCGAUGUUCCAGGCCGGGCCCAACUCAUCGCGUUGCUCGCCCAACUCCUACUUCUACAUCAUCAUUGUCAGUGUGUCGCUGAUCGUCCUCGUCGCAUUUGGCAUCGUGUGGAAAUACAGACAGAUCAAGAGCAAUCAGCAGAUCAAGAUGACGAAUGAAGUGACCAUGUUGAUACCCAGACCAAUGGAUGGUUUGGAGUAUGGAGGCUUCUAA